AUGGCGGAUCCCCAGUCUCCUUCACAUCUUACACAGCAAUUUCAUGCUGAGACUGCCCCUCCUCACUUUCAGCAACCCUCCCACGAAGCGCUCCAGCCCAACUCUAUCCCACCCACGCCGGAUGAAGGCAUAGAUGCGGGUCCCUGCCCCGACAUAGCGGUUCCCAACGACAUCUCUUCGUUUCUCGACGCUUCUCUGCCGCAGCCUUUCCCGCUGCCUUCCGUCUUACCCCAGCCUCUUAGGACUCCCACCAUCGAGGACCGGCCACAUAUUGAUCUGACCCUCAACCUUCCUCAAACUAACUUCUCGCUUCCCGCGUCCACGGUCCUUAGAAGUACGCACAAUCUGCGUCUACCCUCGUUUGAUGUACUAGGCAUUGCUGCGCCCCACCCUGAUCGUAUUCCAACUCAAGCACAUCAGUAUUUCUCUCCACUAGGCGCUGGACCUCUCUCAAAGCCAGAGGACCCUCUCCAUGCACUCAGCCCACCACUCGACUUCUUCAGUCACGCCAACGGGGCCAGCCAUACCCCCGUUACCAGUCCCAAGGCAGCUAGAGCCCGCGUCGGACAUCUUGUGUCAACUCACACGCCUCCCUCGGAUACGGAGCCGGGGACGAUCAGUUGGGGAUCCUUUGUGAACGUAGGGACGGUUGGUCUGGGUUCACCUCCUAAUUCUGAGCCAGGCGUGUCGCCAAACCUCCACGGCACUGCCACUUCGACUGCUCCUCCCCAAGCCCCCAUCGUCGUACCGACUCACGACGAGUUUCACGACGAGUUCAGCGACGCGCUGAGAAUGGCAGCGUGGAUAGAGGAGGCCAAACGCACCAUCAUAACUGAAUCUGGAUGCCUGGACUUGGAUUCAGUCAAGAUAUUAUCCCACGCGCUUCCUUGCCCCUCGACAUCAGGCCAUAUCUUUGGUCAGAUUAUUGCUUCGAUUCAUGACAGAUCGUCAACGCAAACUUCAUGGAUCAAUGUAUUCCAUGCGCUUCCUGGCCGCUAUACGCUGAUGGACCUGCCCAAGUCUCCACCAUCCACCCCUGGUCCUGCUGUGGGAGGGGAUUCAUAUUUUACCAGCAAAGUUUUCGACAGUGCAGUGGCCAUUCCUGAUUACCAACUCGAUUCAAAACUCCUUCCUCCAUCGCCUCGGCCCGUUGUGCCACCUGGAAGCAUUAAUGUCUCUAUCGUAGAGCGAUACAUCCCACCUACGAACACGAACGAGUUCUCUGAGAUGUUCACAUUUCGGGGCAGAUCCUUGUUGUACGACCGCCUGAUUGAGCUGUCUUGUGACGAUGGUGUUCUUCUCUUCAUCUACCCGACUAAAACAGGCGCGAGGACUUUCAUGCAGCAGUACCUUGGACCUAUUCUCGACCCGCUUCUACGAACCGUAACGGUGGUCCAUGACCUUCACUCUGAGCUAGGCAGGAGUUUAGGUCAAAUGAGUUCAGUCAACUAUCUGGACGAAUACGAUCACCUAGAAGCGCAAGUCCGCAAAUAUUGCGAAGCAAUGGUUGAGAGACAUGCAAACCCCGAGAAAAGGGCGAACUACGAGGUCAUACAUGCGGCGAAAGAGGAGAUCUUGUUGCAACGGUCGGCAUGGGCGGACGAUUGGUGGAUCAAGCAGGAGAAGCCUCGUGUACGGGACGUUAUCACCAAGUAUUUUAGCAAGUCGAAGAAGCUCCCGAGCUCCGAGAUGAGUGCAGCGACUCUGAUCCAGGCUGUUCUGGAGGGAGUGUCGGAGCGAGACUACCACGAUGGUGAGCCAAGCAAAGGCGUAGAAGUUGGUGUCUUUAUGGUUAAAAAGACAAGGGCUACUGCCAGGGCACAGAGAGGAAUAUGA